AUGAAAGAAGACCAACACCAACACCAAGAAGCCACCGCCACCGGCGACAGUGCAAAGCGAAAGCUGGAAGACAGCAGUUUCAGCAUCGAACUGGCCAAACAGAAAGCUCAGGAAAUCGCCGCCCGACUCGUCAGCGACGCCGAGUCAAAGCGCCCUCGACUCGAAGAGGAGCCUUUCCAGCCUAGCCCCGUCUUCAACCCUCCUCCCUACCCUGUUUCUUUUACCGCGCAAUCAGGCCAGUCUUAUGGUUCUCCAGGCACAAGCAAGAAAAUAACUAUACCAAAUGGGAAGGUUGGGGUAAUUAUUGGAAAAGGAGGAGAAACGAUAAAACAGCUGCAACUUCAGUCAGGGGCCAAAAUCCAGAUAACCAGGGAUUCAGAAGCUGAUCUUAGUUCUCUAACUAGGGAUGUGGACUUGACGGGUACGUCUGAACAGAUCAGUAGGGCAGAACAACUUAUCAGUGAUGUCAUAGCAGAGGCAGAUGCAGGGGGCUCUGCUCCUCCCUCUACAAAUCAGGGAUUCAACUCAAUCCAACCUGGAACAGAACAGUUUGUCAUGAAAGUUCCCAAUAAUAAGGUUGCUUUAAUUAUUGGCAAGGGAGGUGAGACUAUCAGGAAUAUGCAAAGCAAGUCAGGAGCUCGUAUUCAGGUUGUACCACUGCACCUUCCUCCUGGUGAUAUGUCAGCUGAGAGAUCAGUAUAUAUAAAUGGAGUGACAGAGCAAAUUGAGGCAGCCAAGGAAUUGGUCAACGAAGUAAUCAGUGGGAAGCGUUUAGUAAAUACCUCUGGAACCAAUAGCUAUAUGCAGCAGUCUUACGCCCCUCCUGGUAAUUGGGCCCCACCAGGACAAGCUCCAAUUCAGCAACAGCAGCCUCAUUAUGGGUACACACAACCAGGAAGCUAUGCACCUCCUGCCUCGUACUAUGGUAACUAUCCUACCCAGGUUGCAGGUUGGGAUCAGUCAAACCAAGUACCCAGCUCUCAACCACCACAAGAAAGCAGUGCAUAUAAUUACUAUGGACAACAACCUCCGAUGGGGCCAGCUCCCCCAAAUCCUAGCUACAACUACAACCAGACACCCCCUGUCGCCAGCCAUGGUUAUGAUCAGGGUUACACUCAGCAGCCACCAAGUUAUGGACAAAACAUCUCUAGUCAAGCUCCAGGGUCUGAUCAGCAGCAACAAUAUGCAACUUCAGGAUAUGGGCCACCAGCAGUGCCAUCCAGUGUAGAUGGAAGCGCUUCCUCUCAAAGUACUCAGCCAUCAGCUGCUUAUCCAGUUCCAUACAGCCAGCCACCGGCCAACUCUCAAGCUGGGUAUUGGCAACCACAUACUCAAACGGGCUAUUACCAAACAAGUUAUGGAGGGCAGCAGGCGGUCGAAGACCCUUCUGCAGCAUCUCAGUCAGCAGUAUAUGGACAAGGUGGGUAUCCUCAGCCAGACCCUUCCCAUUAUGGCCAAGCAGUGAAUCCACCUGUCAAUGGAGAGUCACAGCAUCAGCCACAACACCAGUCACAGCCACCGACCAAUGGAUAUGUGGAUCCAUCAGGUUAUGCAGCUGAAAAAACUGGUGAGAGGAAUUUGGAGGAAGAUCGCUCAGCCCCUGCAGCAGAAACUGUUGGUUCUGAAAGCUGA